AUGAGUGUUGUUCAAAAUGAAGACACUGUAUUUGCUUAUGGUUCUGGCCGUAUUGAUCCAGUGAAAGCUAAGAACCCUGGUUUGGUCUAUGAUGCCCAUAAAGCUGACUACAUACAAAUGUUGUGCAACAUGGGGUAUGGUUCGAGGCUAAUAUCAGGUGACAACAGCAGUUGCCCAAAGGAGAGGACAGGCGAAGCUAAGGAUCUCAAUUAUCCUUCAAUAGGAUGUUAUGUUGCAGACUUGAAGCCAUUCAAGAGUAACUUUACACGGACUGUUACCAACGUUGGCUUCGCAAACUCUACAUACAAGGCAAAAGUAACUUGUUCAGGUUCUGAACAAUGUUGGCAGUUUGACAGAUCUUGGAUGGAAGAUGGUUGA